UCUUCCAUCCCGUGAAAUUCCUCCUCCCCCCAUUACAUUAUUGAAAUCUGUCUCCGUCAUGUUCUCCGCUGGUCGUCGCAGCAUUCUCGAUGGACUCAAUCGGCGGUACAUCUACGGUCGCUUGCCACUGCUUCAUACGAUAAUCUUUCUUAUCGAGAUGGCGGCGGCAACGCGGCUUGCCGCCAAAUUCAACUCCUACUAUUCGGAGAAACCAGUCCUCACUACUAUGGUCACCAAUGCGAUUCUGGGUGGAAUCGCAGACACUGUAGCACAACUGAUCACGGCUGUCAGAGCUGGCUCCGCACGCCGCUCAUCCAAUGGUGGGGACUUCAUCUCGAUUGAGAUCCACGAUCUAGACAAGGAAAAGCCGCCUGCUCUCGGGGAGCUGGGCCAUGCGCGACACGCGAUCCCAGCGUUUGACUUUGAGCGCCUCACCCGGUUCAUGUCAUACGGCUUCUUCAUGGCCCCGGUGCAAUUUCACUGGUUCGGCUUCUUGUCUCGCACUUUCCCUCUCACGAAGAAGAACCCGAGCAUUCCGGCGUUGAAGCGGGUGGCUUUCGACCAGCUCAUGUUCGCCCCUUUCGGUUUGGCGUGCUUCUUCACGUUCAUGACGGUGGCUGAAGGUGGUGGCAAGCGGGCGUUGACGCGCAAGUUCCAAGACGUGUACUUGCCUACGCUGAAGGCCAACUUUGUUCUCUGGCCUGCCGUCCAGAUCCUCAACUUCCGCGUCAUUCCCAUCCAGUUCCAGAUUCCUUUUGUGUCCUCUGUCGGUAUCGCCUGGACUGCUUAUCUGUCCUUGACCAACUCUUCGGAGGAAGAGUAA